AUGUUCCUCCCACUCCUCACCACCUCCCUCCUCCUUCUCUCCCUCCAUCUCCCCCUCACCACCUCCACCCCCGUUCUCCAGACCCCCCUCCACUCCACCCCCACCUCCACGCCCACCCCUCGAAACCCCCCCAUCUCCCCCGCCCUCUUCACCGAGCUCGAAGAGCUCUCCCGCAUCGUCGACAUCGCCUACUGCGUCGGCAGCCUCAACACCGGCGUCUCAAAGCCCUUCCAAUGCCUCUCCUUCUGCAAAGACUUCCCCACCUUCACCCUCCAACAGACCUGGAACACCGGCAUAACCCUCUCCGACUCCUGCGGCUACAUCGCACUCUCCCACCCGCCCGCGCCGCCCAGAAUCAUCGUCGCCUUCCGCGGCACCUACAGCAUCGCCAACGCCCUCGCCGACCUAGCAAUCAACAAGCAAGAAUACGUCCCCUACCCCGACGACGGCCACACCGCCGACCCCGCCGCCGCAAAAUGCAACGACUGCCUCGUCCACGCCGGCUUCCUGCAGUCAUGGUCCAACACCAACGCCCUCAUCUCGGACGUUGUCGCCGCGCUGCGCUCCGAGUACCCCGGCUACCGGCUCACGCUCGUCGGGCACUCCCUCGGCGGGGCAGUGGCCGCGCUCGCGGCGCUCGACUACAAGGGCCGCGGGUGGGACCCGCACGUCACGACCUUUGGCGAGCCCAAGGUCGGCAACCAGGGGCUGGCGGACUACUUUGAUGCGCGGUUUGGCGCGGAGACGUAUCGGCGGGUGACGCACGCGGAGGACCCCGUGCCGCUGGUGCCGCUAGGCGCGUGGGGGUGUGAUGUGAGGUUGUGUGUGGGGCAGGAGGACCCCGAGUGUGUGGCGGGCGGGAGGGUCAAUGCGGUGCAGAUGUUGUGGGCGCAUAGGGACUACUUUCAUAGGUUGGGGCUGUGUGUGCCGCCGGAUUCGCUGCUGAGGAAGAUUAGGGUGCUGCGGGAGGAGGAGGAGGAGGGGGGGACGGAGUGUGAGGCGCGGUCGAGGGGGGUUGGUGGGGAGUUGUGA